AUGGUCUUCAUCAAGGCAACAUUCGCGUCCGUUUUUGUCUCCCUGCUGGCAUGUGCCACCGCCGUGGAAGUGCCUAACACCGACUACGAUGUCAUCGUGGUCGGCGGUGGUCCCGCGGGUCUCAGUGCACUCAGUGGUGUCUCCCGUGUCCGCCGAACGGCUCUCUUGAUUGAUAGCGAGGAGUACCGCAAUGCUCCAACCCGCGAAAUGCACGACGUCAUUGGCAACGACGGUACCCCGCCUGCUGCUUUCAGAACUCUAGCUCGCGAGCAGAUCUCGAAGUAUCCAACUGCCGAGUUUACCAACGAGACUGUGGAAUCAAUCGUGCCUUUCACACAGGGUGACUUCUCCGCCUUCACGGUGACCGACAGCAAGGGCAAGAGCUACACUGCUCGUAAGAUUGUGCUUGGUACCGGUGUCCGUGAUGUUCUACCCCCGACUCCUGGCCUCCAGGAGGGAUGGGGCAAGGGUAUCUUCUGGUGUCCGUGGUGCGAUGGCUACGAACACAGGGACCAGCCAUUUGGAAUGAUCGGUGAUAUCACCGAUAUGCUGGGCAACGUAUUGGAAACCCACACUCUGUACACCGACAUUAUUGCAUUUGUGAACGGCUCGCAAACCGCAGAUGGCGAAGCCCGGGCAACGGCAAAGGUCGCAGACUGGAAGGAACAACUUGCCGCUUGGAACACUACCAUCGACAACCGCACAAUCACUUCUAUUGAGCGCCUUGAGGAUGGCGGCAAGGAUAGGGAGGAGGACGGUGAUGAGCAGUUCGACAAGUUCCGCCUUCACUUCACUACUGGUGAGCCUGUUGAGCGGAAUGCUUUGAUCGUCAACUUCCCAACUGUCCAGACCUCGUCACUUCCAGCCAAGAUGCACCUAGACAUGGUCGGUGAUAAGAUCAAUGUUACUAGUGCGAUGCGCACCAGUCAGUCCGGUGUCUUUGCGAUUGGUGACGCCAACAGUGAUGGCAGCACCAAUGUGCCACAUGCGAUGUUCACUGGCAAAAAGGCUGCUGUUUAUGUCCACGUGGAAAUGUCUCGUGAGGAGUCAAAAUCCAAGAUCUCCAAGCGCACGGGACUCUCUCACCGUGAGCUCGAGAAGGAGGCCAUGCGCGCAAUUGGCGACAAUCUAGAUAAAGAAUGGAAGCGAGCUCAGGAGUAA